AUGUUCCGUUUGUGUCUGGCUUUGACAUUCUUCAUUUCUCUCAUUAAAAUCUACGAGAGUUCCGUCGUCGUACCAUUUGAAGACUGCGGAUCGAAGUCGACUACUGUGAAACAGUUAAAUUUCGAUUGCGAGAAAGGCAAACCAGAACCUUGUAGUUUCUUGAAAGGCAAAACAUACAACGGCAGAAUCAGUUUUACUACAACAGCUGAAGUUCCAAAAGGUGUUAUUGUUCUACACGCAAUCAUUGGCAGUAUGACAUUACCGUUCCCGUUUACCAAGUCGGAUCUGUGCUCGGAUCACAAUCUCACCUGCCCUAUCGCAUCUGGAGCAAAUGAAGUUUUGACUAUUGAAUUGGCAGUGCCAUCAUUUGCGCCGGCCACUAACUUGCUGGCGCAGUUUGAAGUUAAACCUUCGAGCGGGUCAAAAACUGAUAUUUUGUGUGUAAAGUUUCUUGCCCAAAUCAAGGACAGUAACGAUAUAGCAGUGUGA